AUGACAAGCAAUGACGGUGUAGAGCUUCCUUGGAAAGUGGUAGCUAAAGGUAGCAGAAGUUCAACAAGGCGUAGCAAGAAACCAGUUGUAAGUGUUGCAGCCUCGGGGAUUGAGGCAGAAGACAAGAGUUCAACCGGCUCAGUAGCAGGAAAAUCAAAGCCUGAAAAGCUUGAGGUUUCUGUUCUAGGUCAGCAUUCCGCUGAAAGAGUAGAACAUGUUCCGAUUAAGAAACGGAGAUUUAUCGUUUUCUCCCCGUCACCUGCUCAAUGUGAAGGCUCAGAAAAUAAGGCACAAAUCAACCAUGUUUUGCCUGUUUCGAGAUUAAACCCUAAAUUGAUCUCAGACGUUCAAGAUGAAAAUCCUGAUUGCAGUGGUCAUGACUAUUCUGGUAUCAAAAUUCUUGCUGAUGCUGCUUGUAGUACGGAUUUGAGUUAUGAUCUUGCACCAUCUGUUGACCGUCUGCUUGCUGAGGAUUCUGUUGUUCAGCAACAAGAUGCCUCAACCAUUUCAACUUGUGCUGAAGGUAACGAUUCAUCAGCUGGAACUGCUAAUGUCUUGCAUACUGCGGUUGAUUCCAGUGAUCAGGAUCGGCAAAGCAAGAGCGAUAUUGUAGUGCAUCAGAGAUAUCCUUUAAAAAAUUUGUGCAAAGAGUUGGCUGAUUUGCAGAACGUAAAGCAGAGCAGAAUGACCUCUGGAGGGAUGAUAGCACCUAAAAAAACAAGUACUACUCUUUUAGAUGAAUUCUCAGAAAGACCAAAGGCUAAUGUUACAACAAGUGAAAGUGAAACUUUAGCACCUGACAGUGGAGCUGUUACGGUGUCAGAGAAAUCAUUAGCCAAGGAGCCCACUGACAGGAACAAGGAUGAAGGCCUUAAAAAUGCUAUGUUCCACUGGGAUUUAAAUGAACCUUGUGAUGUAGAAGAUGAAGCCUAUGGGAGAGAUGCAGAGGAAGAAAUCACAGAGUCUAUUGCCCCUAAAGAGAGCGGACCUCUCGAUGGAAGUAAGGACAGUAUGGGUGGGGUAAUUGCAUCAGAUGAACAUACAUAGUUAUCACCAUCUAGGCCUAAGGUUGAUACAUCUGCUACAAAUGACAAGGAGUGCCCAUCUAGUUAUGACUCCCAGAUUGAGGAUGGAGAGUUGAGAGAACCAUACCCUUGCGAAGAAAAUGAGGGUGAAACAGGAGAGUUUGAACAGUUGGAUUACGGGUCUGAGCCAGAGGAUGAGAGAUUCUACUCUAUGGAUUAUGAGAAGGGAAUCUUGACAGACAAGAAUUUCAGACAUGUUAAGUCUGAAUCUGGUGAUGCACCAAGAAAUGGGGAGGCUAACGAAGGAAGUGACAUAGAGAAGCAAGUCGUUGUUAACAUGAGUGAUUCACAUCCUAAGAAGGGCUCUUCUUCUCCUACAAGGAGUUUUGCGUCAAAACCAUACAAGAAGUUGCCUUCACAUGAUGCCAUCCAGAGGAGAAGGCCUGAUAAUUAUGCAGGGUUGAGUACGGGUCCAGAUAGAUUUAUUGGAAGGGAUGACAGGUUAGGGAUGUGCACUCCUAGGAGAGGAGGUUAUUUUAGUGGUUGGGAUUCCAAACGACGCUUCUGCCAACCUAAUUACAAAGACAAUUCCUAUGGUUUCGGACGUCCACGACAUAAAAGUAUGGCAGAUGAUCAAGGUAUGAUGAACGGCUAUGAUGAAUCAGGGUCAGGACCAGAUGGUUAUGUACGUAGGCAAUUCUCAAAUGGUGGAUACCGAGGUCGGUGUAGGAGAUUCCCAUAUGGUGGGGAUCGUAAUUUCAAGGGCCGUCACAGUGAUACCAACCAGUUUCCUGGUCGGAUGCACAACCGAAUGAGUGGUAAUAGGAGAGAUAGAGGUGGCUCUCCGGUUUUCAAAAGAAUGCACCACCCUCAAUCAGAGUCAAGAUCUAGAAGUCGUUCUCCAAACUCGUGGAAUGGCAUAAAUAGGCCAAUUCCUCCUCCUCCAGGUGGGUUUAGAGAAGACGAGAGGAUGAUGGAAAGAGUGAGGUUGCCUUUACAGAAACGGUUUCCUGGAGAUCAGGAGAUGGGUUACAUGUCACCUCCGAGAAACAUAAUAUCGUCGCCAAGGUUCUUUGAAGGGAGGAACAAUGAUACUGGAGAUAAUCAUAAUAGCUUCAGGGAAAGGAAGUUCCGGCCUGAACAUAGUUUUGAUGUUGGAAAUUCUAUGAGAAGACCAAAUUCUGACAAAAACAACAACAGCAACAACUUUAGACCAUUUAUUCGGAACAUGAGAUUUGACGGUGCGGAAGAGAAGACAUGUAUGAACAGGUUUGAGAUGGCUCAGCUAGAGCGGACUCGACGGGCUGAGGCCACAGCAAAUGGAGGUGAUGAUACUCGACGGUUCAAGUUUAAUGAAGAACAGGCAGUGGUGGUAGCCAACAACAACAACAAUGAGUCAUGA